AUGAGCGUGAAUGCCCACGACGAGUGGAGGAGGCAGCGAGAGGAAGAGGAGAGGAGGCGGUUCGUGGCCAUGUUCGACCCGCGCAACUAUCAUCCCCCUGCCGGCAGGCCCGAGGUGGGGAGGCCGCCAGUCUACGACGCCAAGGCCGAAGAGGCGCGGAGGAAGCGGGAGGAGUUCCUCAGGCUGGUGAGGGACUACGACGGCGCCUGGCCGACUGACAGCGCCCGCUACUGA